UUCAACAAAACACUUCUGAUUUGUUACUCUUCUUUAAUCUACCGUUUCGCUCUACUAAGUUUCUCAUUUGCUCUUCUUUUAUAACCUCCCGUAUCGUUUCUACUCCGUAAUGAACAUGGUGAACGACAGGGAAGAAUUUAAGUGCGAUAAUUGCUGUUGAUUAGAGGUGAAACACUCAUGGAGAAGGUCUAGAGGCUCGAAAGAGAGAAUCAGUGGUGAAUGACAUAUUCUGCCUACGGUUGGAGAAGCUUUGUGACACCAUUGUUGUGUUCCAAAGCAAUGAUGUCGAGCGUGUUCUGCUGGCUGAUGGCGAAGCUCUGUGAUGUAAUUGCCGUGCCCAUUGGGUACCUGAUGGCACCCGAGAGUUAGACCUGGCAAUCGAGAAUGUGGUGAAAGUGUUGAAUUGGCUGGCCAAGCAGGAGAAUUUGGCAGAUUUUAGCAAGUCUAUGGAGAUUGGAAGGUUUGGUGGUGGUGGUGAGUUUAACAAAUCAGAUGCUAUCAGGCCACUGGUCCAUAUUUGAUUCAUUUGUAGCUUCAGUGGCUGAGCCUUGGUUGGCUGCGCAUGGAGAACUGUCAAGAAGGUGUUUUUCUACACAAUGUCACCUUCGGCACUGGUUACCUUCUCGCUGGCCGAAAGAAGGUCAGAAUGUUGUUUCUCUGUGCCAUCUCCGCUGCUGUUUUCAUCUAGGUUUUGUACGCUGGAAAAGCACUACAGUUGAGGAUGCAGCCGUUUUCUUUUUCCACCCGCAUGUGAUCUUAACCUUCCGCCAAUCGUGCCUAUCACAAAAUAUUUAUAGAACUGACAUGCGUCUUGAGAGCCCUUCAAAACUAUCAAACUCUGGCAAGAAACAAGUAUCAAUAUUAUCAAAAGAAAUGAUAAAGUCUAGGUGAAGCCAUGAAGACAACACAUCAGGUUUCAAAUCCUUUACUUUGUAUCUCUCAGCAGGCAAAGAAAUUUGUUUCCUAGAAAAUCAGAAAGCUUUUUGACCAUUGCAGAGACCCAUGCUUCCUUUGCACUACGACUGAUAAGCCUCGCCUUAUCAAUAAGUGGUACCAAAACAUCAUCUACUCUCUUUCUCCCCAUCUGCCUACUUUUUGAACAUUAUUUUUAAGGAUAUAGGGUGUAGUAUUAUAUGAGUCUUUUAGUUGAAAUUGUUUUAACAUGUCAGUUCAGUUGAUAUUAAAAAAAAUACACAAGAAAUGUUUAUAAAUGUUAUUAGAAAAGAAUUGGCAGUGGAAAAAACAACUUGGAGGCAGAGAAGAAUCUGAAACUAAUACACAUAAUUCUAUACCAUUAUCUGUGAUUAAUAAUAGUUUUGACAGGUAGUUUGUUUGCUAAAUUAUCAUUUGUCACAUAUUUUGACUAAAGCUUUGGUUGAUAUGUUGUUGGUAUGUUAUGGUAUGGUUUUAUAAGUAAGAUAUUUGAAGAUUAUUGAGAAAAGUGGGUAUCAGGCUCUUCCGUGGGUGAGAUACAUAAAAUGGCUACUGUUUGGUCUUUGUGGCUGGUAAGGAAUUCGAUUUUAUUUAGUGGUGGUGUGUUGGAUAAAGCGAAUAUUCUGGACUCGAUCCCAUGGCGUUCCUGGUUCUGGCUUAAAUCUAAAAUGGAUGGAUUCACUUCUUCAUUGUUUGAAUGGAAGACAAAUCCAUUGAUCUGUAUCCAGUCAUUGUGAGUAUUGGUGGUUUCAUUCUUGUUUUGGAAUGCUAUGUUUUCUAGCAGAAGUUUAUUUGGUGGCUUUGUUGUGGUGUUAUCAAUGGAUCGGUUCCUGUGCUCCUUACAAUGCUGGUGGAUUCUUGGCAGCUGUUGGAGGUUUAUCACUGUAUUCCACAUACUUAUCCUCUCCAAGUGCUGGGUCAAUUCACUGGUCUCUUAUUCAUGAUGCUUUCUGUCAUUGUAAUCUUUUGAGUUUCUUUGUGGUUGGCUGUCAUGUAGCUUCCACUUUCUCUUCUAUUUUUGAGAUACUCACUUGUAUUCAGGAUCUAGCAUCCUUGUGUUUAAGUUCGAAUACAAUUUGGCUUAUAAAAAUAAAUUAAAAUUUUGUACCUUAAGUUAAUACUUUUUUUAGAAAAAA